GUUCUUCUCCCUACAGUAACUUUUCCUCCAAAAGAUGAAAAGCCCUAACACGUUAGUCCUUGAAGGGCAGAGCCCAGGAAUUCCGGUGUCUGAACAGCCCCUACUCUUUAACUAAGGACCAAAACGCCUGCCCCGUCUCGAGCCGCAGAAGUCCCCGAUGCGCAGAGCAAAAGUGUUUACUUCUGCCGCCUGCCUGCCCGGCGGGGAGGGGAAGCACACGAGCCGCCCCUCACUUUCGCCCCUGCAGCUUAAACUAACCAGGGCGGGAUGGGAGUGUCUUCUUGGCUGGGGAACUUGAUCCUCCUACCUUGUCCCGAAGCCACCCGCCGCUUUUCCCCGGCCCUCCCUUCGUGGUGAUUUUUCCUAUCCGGGACGCCCGGACAGGGCGCGCGGCUGGUGUCCGCCCAGCCCGAAAGGUUACCACCUGGCUUCUGUGGAUUUAUGAUUCCAUCUAGAUUGGGAACCAGAGAUUUGUUUCACAUGCCUUCCAGGUGAUGCUUAUCAAGUACUUGCAAGUGAAGGAGCAGAACAAGUUUUUUUGUCUGGGAUAAUUUCUAGUGCAGAGGCUCCAGCAACUUAGCAGACAGCAUCCCAAGCCUCUGGCGCCCUUACCACAUUCUUCACCCUCAGGAACAGAGGGCCUUUGGGAAACAGAUCCCCAAAAGUGCAGAGGAGUCGUAAGCUGAUCAAUAACUACAAAGAGGAAGGAAAGUAAGAUGUGAGAUCUGUUGCCGAGUUCAGACGGUGCAGGGCAUGUGUCAGUGUGAGCAGAGAACUGAUGGAGACCUGAAUGGAGAAGGGCCUCUCCCAGGGCUGAAUGGAAACAAGCUGUCAGCAGGCCCACCUGGUGGGCCAGCCAUGAGAGGGUACCUUGUGGCCAUCUUCCUGAGUGCUGUCUUCCUCUAUUACGUGCUGCACUGUAUACUAUGGGGAACAAAUGUCUACUGGGUGCCACCUGUGGAAAUGAAGCGGAGAAAUAAGAUCCAGCCUUGUUUAUCAAAGCCAGCCUUUGCCUCUCUCCUGAGGUUUCAUCAGUUUCACCCUUUUCUGUGUGCAGCUGAUUUUAAAAAUAUUGCUUCCUUCUAUGGUAGCGAUAAAUUUGAUUUGCCCUAUGGGAUAAGAACAUCAGCUGAACAUUUUCGACUUGCUCUUUCAAAACUGCAGAGUUGUGAUCUCUUUGAUGAGUUUGACAAUGUGCCGUGUAAAAAGUGCGUGGUGGUUGGUAAUGGAGGAGUUUUGAAGAAUAAGACAUUAGGAGAAAAAAUUGACUCCUAUGAUGUAAUAAUAAGAAUGAAUAAUGGUCCUGUUUUAGGACAUGAAGAGGAAGUUGGGAGACGGACUACCUUCCGACUUUUUUAUCCAGAAUCUGUUUUUUCAGAUCCCAGUCACAAUGAUCCUAAUACUACGGCGAUUCUCACUGCUUUUAAGCCGCUUGAUUUAAAAUGGCUGUGGGAAUUGUUGACAGGUGGCAAAAUAAACACUAAUGGUUUUUGGAAGAAACCAGCCUUAAACCUGAUCUAUAAACCUUAUCAAAUCAGAAUAUUAGAUCCUUUCAUUAUCAGAACAGCAGCUUAUGAAUGGCUUCAUUUCCCGAAAGUGUUUCCCAAAGAUCAGAGACCCAAACACCCAACGACAGGCAUUAUUGCCAUUACGUUGGCAUUUCACAUAUGUCAUGAAGUUCACCUUGCUGGUUUCAAGUACAACUUUUCUGACCUCAACAGUCCUCUGCACUACUAUGGGAAUGCCACCAUGUCUUUGAUGAAUAAGAAUGCGUAUCACAACCUGACUGCAGAGCAGCUCUUCUUGAAGGACAUUAUAGAAAAGAACUUUGUAAUCAACCUGACUCAAGAUUGACCCUACAGACUCAGAUGAUGCUAACAGUAUUAGUUUUAUUUUUCUACUGCAAUUUUUAGUUUAUUUUUAAAUAUGUUGGAUGUACUUGUCAAGAAAUUAUGUAUAUUAAAUCUGUUGCUGCCUGGUGAUUCAUAACCACCAGCUUAAUUUCUGUGAAUAUAUUUAAUUUAUGAAAACCAAGACAUGUUUAGUUAUCAGGGAAUUAAGUGUUCAUUGCAGUGUGUUUUAAAAAUAAGCUAGUUUCUGAGGUGUUUUUAAACAUUUUUUUUCCAUAGUUACUUCAUCUUAGACUUUUGAAGGGAUGUGACUUCCUAACGAAUAGGGGAUUUAGAUUCAAAAACAAAUUUUGAAUAGAACAUGACAUUUGAGAGGUACAUCUGGUUCCUAUAAAUUCGUGGGGAACUGGCCGGUGGCAGUUCUUGAUGUGGCAAAUUGGAACCACUUCAGGCCUUUACCUGGAUGAUUGUUUAGUUUCUUUUUGUUCUACCUGAGGAAUUCUAAACCAGACUUGGAGCAGGGAUGGUUUGGGAAAUCUAAGAUCAUACUGGCUUAAUUAAGCAUUUUUUCCCUACAAUUAAGUAAACUAUGAUUAUGAGGAGUUCUUUAGUAGAAUGAAGAUGCCUUUUGUUUUUAAGUCAAAAGAGACUGGAUAAGUAAGUAACCAAAGAAUGCAAUUACUUAAAAGUUUGGUGACUGCAUUAUUUUAGAAAAAUAAAGUUUAUACAAAGCAGCUCAGCUUGGUAAUAAGCUCAAGGAGAAAAUUCUUACCUUUUUUUGCCUGGCUUAAUUUAUUCAUUACAUUUUGAAAGUUACUAUUUGAAAUAUAUUAGGGAAUACAAAGAAGACAUGAAUGAGUAAACCUUUAAGAAGAGUCAAGGUGCUUCUGGAUUCAAAUGGUACAUUCAUGAAAAAUAGAUUAUCCCCAUGAUUAAAUUGCAACUUCAAAGGGAAAGCUUACCUAGAGGGCACCAGAGAAGCCUCUUGGGGGAUGCAAAUGGGCCUUCUGACAAAAGUGGUGAGCUGGUCUCUCUCUUCAUUUUAAUGAACAUAACCAAAGGCUGUAUGGGGUGGGAGGUGGGGUGAGGAGAACAAAAGUUAUAAGGAGGACAGAAUCAAGAGCUGUUUGAAGAGGAAUGAGUGGAAACAAUGAAUUGGUAGCAACGAAGAUGCCUUUCUAAAGAGUGUAUAAAGGGUGAAAUUUUAGGUCAUCAGAAACAGGAGUAAGUGACAUACUUGAAAGUUGUAUAAGGGGGAGAAAACUGGCAGUUGAUUUAACCCAGACAUUAAAUAUGAACUCUGUUAAUACCAGCAUCUGUUUGCACAGUACCAGUCUCACUUGCUUCUUCUGGUAACUUAGAGGUGGAAAAGGCGCAGGUGUUCAGUCAUCUCCCCAUCACGCCGCAUAGCCGUAGGCCGCAGCUUGGCUGCUGAAGUUGAGUCUGAUGUAAAGUAAUUCGGGCUUCAAAAAGGAUGGUGCUGGCUACAGAAAGAUUCCAAGUCAAAAACCAGUGGUGGCAUUUUCAAAUGUUACUGUAAGUAUUAUAAUAUUGGCGUUAAAAUUGAGCAUUUUGUACACUAUGAGUAAAGGCUAGACCUCAAGGUAGUUUUAUCAAAGCAAAAAAAAAAAAAAAAAAAGACCUGAGCAAGACACAUAUAUACAAUUUAUUAAAAACACAUGAACACAUUAAAAUCUCACUAUUUAUACAAUCUAAAUUCUAGCAACAUAUACAAAUACUGGGUGACUACAGUACACGCCGAGGUAAGAAAAGUACAUUCUGGGAGACACCACUGACACGCAAGCCGUUUUAAUUUCUAAUAUGUUUUUCUACCUUUCCCAGUGCCAAAAAAACAAAACAAACAAAAAAAAACACAGGAGGAGAUGAGAAGGAACUAGUCACAAGUUGGAUUAAAUGAGGAUAGGUGCCACACUGACCUAAAAAAUAUUUUAAUCAUCCAACUCUUAGAUUUUGCAGUGUAGGGACUUCAAGUUCAGAACUGAAAGGCAGAGCUAAUAGGUAAUUUUUUAAAGCAGAGCUUCACUGAUUUCUCUUAUGAGGGGGUUGAAAAUCUUUUACUGUCCCACCUCAUCUAUUCAUACCAUCUGACAUGGUUUCUCUGUAACCCUCUUGCUCUCCAGGUGACAAUGUGGAGCUGAGGGAAAGAAGUUCAAGCUUUAUCACAUUCCAUAGAAUUAUGGCCACAUUCAUAUUUAAACGAGCUCAUUUUCUGCUCCCUCCUGUGGGUGGUGGGGGAGAGGGGCAAGAGUAUAUGGAACAUCGUAAUUUCAAUUACUGUAUAAAUCCUCUACUUGAACCAUUUCAUCAGCAAAUAAACCCAUUGUUCAAUGCAAAGUGCAAACAGUGAAACAUGAAAUUAAAUAACUGGACUAGACUCUGCACACACAAUAGGAUCUAUUUAGAUUUACAGCUUUUAAUAAAAUAUAAAUCAGCAUUCACUAUAUCUUUAACUGUGCUGGUUCCUAAGAUCAAGUAACAGCGAAGUUGUGAUUUUAUGAAAGGGCACAUCUGCUGCACCACUGUCUUAAAAUUUGCAUUAACAGGAAAAAAAAAUUUAAUCCAAUAAGCCACAGUGACUUAAGUCUUUUAUAUGUUUCAAUAAAAAUUCAAGGGAAUUUUGUAAAAAAAAAAAAAA